AUGAAGUUUAAUGUUAAAAACAAUCUUGAGGAACAAAUAAAGUCCAUAAAUAAUAAUAAUAUACCAUAUAAAUACUAUAAUCCACCCAAUAAUAUAAAUAUUCAUAACUAUUUAUGUGAUAAGAGUAUAAAAUACAAGUGUCCGUCUAGUUCAUAUUUAAGCCUUAAUGAAUUGUUAAAAUUUGUUGACAGUAUAAAUAAUGUAAAGGAUGAGAAAAUUAAUUAUAUGUAUCCAAGUGUGGAAUAUGUGAAAGCUGAACUAAAGGGACGAAUGCCAAUACAAAAUGAAAAAUAUCAAGAAGAAAAUAAUAUAUCUGAGAAUAAUUUAAAUAAUAGAAUUUUAAGAAAUGAAAAAAUUACCUUUCGUCAACCGGAAAGUUAUCACUAUGAUGAACAUAUACAAAAGGUUAGUCAUCCAAAUAAUGAUGAUAUGAAAAAUAUUAAUAAUCAUAAUAAUGAAGACAAAAAAAAUCCCCAAGAGGUAUAUCAUAUAAAUAGUAGUUUAAAAGAAAAUUUAAGCCUAAAACAAGAGAUUACACAUUCACCAAAAAAAAGUGUUCCCUCACAACCCCCUACUCAACAUAAUAUUAUAUUACACAAUUUAUUACAAUGUCGAACUAAUUUAUCAAAGUUGCAUAAUAUUAACGAUCCUGAAAAAUUAAUUAGUACUAAAAAUAUCAAACUUCUUUCUUUACAUCGUCCUUAUACUAUUGAGGAUAUAAAAAAUUUAAAUCUAACUGGAUUUGGUGAAGAUAAAAUAAAAAAAUAUGGAUAUGAAAUUUUAAAAGUUUUUCAUUCUAGUUAUCAGGAUAAAUAUAAUUAA